AUCACCCAUAAGUCAUAGCGCUAUUUUGCUUGAGCUGCAAUCAGUGUUGCAUCUCCAACAUGGCGUCGCUGGGAAGGAGGCGCGGUGUCCCAGUAAGCAGGGAGAGAGGAGUGAUGGCGGCCACAGACUGCUACAUUGUACAUGAGAUCUACAAUGGGGAGAACGCACAAGACCAGUUUGAGUACGAGCUAGAACAGGCAUUGGAAGCCCAGUAUAAAUACAUUGUUAUCGAGCCCACGCGCAUUGGCGAUGAGACCGCUCGCUGGAUCGCUGUGGGUAACUGCCUGCACAAAACGGCAGUGUUGUCAGGUGCUGCUUGCCUCUUGACACCUCUUUCACUGCCCAUUGAAUAUUCGCGCUACGUGGCGUUGCCUGCCGGGGCGCUCAGUGUGGCCUGCGCUGCUCUCUACGGGAUUUCGUGGCAGUUUGACCCCUGCUGCAAGUACCAAGUGGAAUAUGACAGCCAAAAACUCUCCCGGCUGCCCCUGCAUACGCUCACCUCCUCCACACCGGUGGUGUUGGUACGCAGGGAUGACAUCCACAGAAAGAGACUUCAUAAUACGAUAGCACUGGCUGCCCUGGCAUAUUGUGCCAAGAAGAUCUAUGAACUCUAUGCGGUAUGAGUGAUGGGUGCCCUCCUAAGUGGGUUUAAGUAAGAACCGAAGUUAUCUAAGCAAGAUUCAUUAUGUUGUGGUCAAAUCCAGCAGGUUGCUCCACAUGUUGUGGUUGCAUCUAUUUCAAACUUUGUUCUGGGGGAUAUAGUUAAAACUAGAAGGAAUUGUUUUGUUCCUUUUUGUUUCCUCUACGUAUGUGUGAUGGCUGUAUCACACUUCUCUGUGUAAAAACCGCACCUACUCCCCUCCUCUCCACCAGUUUCCCACUAUAGCCUCUCCGCAGAGUCCCCAUACUUUUAUGGACCCAAAUGUUUCCAGUAUGGAGUCGUUUGUCUGUCUUCAGCCUUGUAGUUUUACUGUACCCCUUUUUCUGAUCAGAACAUCACCCUCUCAUUAAACUUUAGGAUAUUUCAAGCUCACAUUUCUGUAUUUUAUUUGACUUUUUCAUAAAUGGAUUCUACAUGGUGUCCAAAAAAGCUUAUGCAAAUAGAAGCAGCUUUUUUGUGAAUGUGUCUUGUUCAUGUAGAUUUUUCUUGUUCAAAAGAGUAAGACUUUGUGUGACAAUGAUGUGGCUUUUGUCCUCUUUUGAAACACUAUAAACUUGGAAAGUUGCAGUGCACGCUUCUUUAGGUACAUAAUGUAUAUUACAUUAGCAUAAGCCAGUCUUUAAACUGGGAAUUUGAUUGGUAUCAACAUGUUUUAGUAUUAUAUCAAUUUAUGAUGGACCAGGAUAUUCCAACAUGAGAUUGUACAAGUGCAUUAUGUAAAUGUCCAUUAUAAAACUGGAAGUUGGAUUUUGUUUCAUUCCAUCAGGCAUUUAGGAAGUGGAUUAUAUGUUUUGCAGAAAGGACUUUUUGGGAAGUCCUUCCAAAGGUCCAUCCCUGUAUCAGAAAUAAAUUUUGUUUGUCAA